AAGUCAUCACUAGCUCAGCUCACCGCCCGAGAGAGAGAGAGAGAGAGAGAGAGAGAGGAGGCGGAACUGAGCAAGCAAAACAAAGCGAGCAGAGAGGAGGAUUUUUUGUUCUUCUUCAAAAAAUGAAGAGAUCUUGGCUCUCAAGACUCACAAAAUGCUCCCUUCGCUCUCGCUCAGCAACAGCAGCUGCCCCCGACGACUCCCCUGCCGACGACGCCAAGCCGAGGCAGCUCAACGGCUGGAAGUGCAUGCCCUACAUUAUUGGGAAUGAGACGUUCGAGAGGGUGGCGAGCAUGGGGCUCACUGCCAACUUCACCAUCUAUCUGGUGAACCAUUUCCACAUGACCCAGGUCGCCGCCGCUCAGUUCACCAACAUCUUCAGCGGAACCACCAACUUUGCCCCCCUUAUUGGGGCGUUUAUCUCUGACGCUUACUGGGGCCGCUUCAAGACUCUUGCCUUCACCUCCGUCAUCUCUUUCAUGGGCAUGAUCGUGUUGACGAUGACUGCCAGCAUCCGACAACUCCAACCACCGAGCUGCACCCCCGAACAACUUAAAUCGGAAACAUGCCCGGGAGCGUCCAAAGCCCAGGUCGGUGUCCUAAUCCUUUCCCUCAUCCUCCUCGCCAUUGGCGCAGGCGGCGUUCGUCCCUGCAGUUUACCCUUCGGCGUCGAUCAAUUCGACCGUACAACCGAACAAGGCAGACAAGGCCUCAACAGCUUCUUCAACUGGUACUACUGCACCUCGACAGCAGGGGUUAUAGUAGCAAUGACGCUUAUGGUCUACAUCCAGAGCAGUGUCAGCUGGCCUCUAGGGUUUGGUAUCCCUACUGGACUCAUGCUUCUUGCCCUGAUUUUCUUCUUCUUGGGAACGAGAGUUUACACUUACGUUCCUCCGGAGGGAAGUGUGUUCUCUGGCACUGCGCAGGUUUUUGUGGCGGCAUUUAGAAAACGCUCGCUUCGGUUGCCUUCUCCUGACGAUGUGCAGGAGCAGGAGUCUUUGCUGUACAAUUCUGCACCCAAGAGUGAUCGAAUUUUGAAGCUUCCUCUUACUCUGCAAUUCAGGUGCUUGAAUAAAGCUGCGAUCAAACGCGAAGGAGAACUGAAAGAGGAUGGCUCAGUUGCUAACCCUUGGAGACUCAGCACAGUCCAACAGAUCGAAGAGGUCAAAUGCCUGCUUCGAAUCGUGCCCAUAUGGGCCUCAGGCAUUGUAUGCUUCGUGGCCCUGGCUCAACAAUGGACUUUCUCCGUGCUACAAGGUGUAACAAUGGACCGCCACAUUGGUUCACACUUUCAAAUCCCCGCCGCCUCACUCGGGACACUAUCUUUGGUAGCCCUCGUCUUGUUCAUCCCUAUCUACGACCAGUUACUAGUCCCGAUAGCCAGAAGAAUCACCGGGAUCGAGAGCGGAAUCACUCUCCUACAAAGACAAGGAACAGGGCUGGUAAUCUCAGCACUGUCGAUGAUUGUUGCAGGAUUAGUAGAGCAGAAGAGGAGAAAUUCGGCGCUGGCUCAUGGAGGUAUGACGCCAAUGUCAGCGUUCUGGCUGAGUCCUCAGCUGAUACUGAUGGGAGUUGCAGAGGCUUUUAAUGCCGUUGGCCAGAUUGAGUUCUACAACAGGCAAUUCCCCGAGCAUCUGCAGACGUUGGCAGGUUCGCUGUUCUAUUGCAGUCUCGCGGGAUCAAAUUAUCUCAGCAGCAUUUUGGUCUCGAUCGUUCAGAAGAACACAAACUGGCUUAACAACAACGAUCUCAACCAUGGGAGAAUCGACUACUUCUACUAUGUGAUCGCAGCAAUGGGGGCGGUCAAUUUUGCGUAUUUCGUUGUUUGCGCCUACUUUUACCGUUACAAGGGUGUGCCGGAGAUCAAAGAAGAGGCUAUCAAUGAGAAAACAAGCAAAGAGAUGAAAGAUUUUCAAAAUGUAUGAUAGGCAGCGGAUUUGAGGGAAAUGGUCUUAUUGUCAUUUAUAAUAUCAAAUAUGUAUGAAUAGAUUGCAAGUUUGUAGUGCAAUUGUAUAGCGUGUUAUCGUAUAUUAUAACCAUACAUCUUAUGUAGAGGAGUAUGGUGGACUGAACUGGGACAUGUAAGAAAGAGGCAUCCGACUCAAUUGGGAAAUUCUAUGGAUUAGGGUGAGAAAAGGCUUUCUGCUUUCUUUCCUUUUAUUUUUAAAAGCUUUAUCACUUCAA